AUGAGGAAACUUACAUCUUCAACCACCAUUGGUUCGAAGCGCAAGCAUCCCAGCAACAACCAAGAGAAUGAAAAUCGUACUGUCAUUGAUGAAUCGUACAUGUCGUCCAUUGAAUUCAGCAACAAUACAAACAAUCGUACACCCCUACGUGGUGUUUUCCAAAGUUCGUUAAGUACGCCUUUAAGUAUUGUGACAAAUGCAAAUUGCGGUCAAGUCAAUGUGGCCGCCGGCAAUCCGCCUACAUCUAACCGUCAAAAUUACUGCUUCGACUUAAAUCUAUCACCAGAGUCGCAGAUAGGGAUGGACAGUAAUUGUUGCAUUACAAAUGACAAUAAUAUGCAAACAGCCCUGGUAGGGCCGGAUAGUGAAACCAUCCCGCAUUACCGAAAUUUGAUGACAGAUUUUCAGGAAGUUGUUGAACCGUUACAUGACAAUAUGCCCUCAAUUAAUGAUUAUUAUUUUGAUCUUGGUGGUCCAGAGCAUCUUUGCGAGCAUUGUAAUUCAUUUUUUUGGUACAAUGAACGGUCAAGCAAUUCAAAGUCACGUGAAAGUCCAAAAUACUCUGCGUGUUGCGUCAAUGGUAAAAUAAAGUUGCCAUUUAUGACAAAGCCUCCUCAAAAGCUAUAUGAGCUAUUCUUUACAUCAAACGAUAAAAACAGAUGUUUUUUAAAGAAUAUAAGGUCAUAUAACAGCAUGUUCUGCUUUACGUCGAUGGAUGGAAAAAUUGACAGAACUAUUAACAACAGAACAUCGCCUCCUAUAUUUCGUAUAAAUGGUCAAAAUUUUCAUCGGAUUGGAAGCUUAUUACCUUCAGAUGGCAUUCAACCGAAAUUUGCCCAAUUAUACAUUCACGAUACAGAGAAUGAGAUAGACAAUCGCUUAAACUCUGUGAGGGCCGAAAACAAUGGUUCUGCAUUGCAUAGUGAGGUAGUACAUGACAUUAAGCAAGUGCUAGAUGAACACAAUGUGUUGGUUAAGUCAUUCCGAAUGGCCAAGUCGUUUCUGGAGUCUAAUCCUCAACGUCAAAUUAGAAUAAGACUAAUAGGAAAGAGGACUAAAGAUGCCAGGACUUAUGCAUUACCAACUACUUCCGAGGUUGCUGCACUCAUUGUUGGAGAUAUAGACCCGUACAUGGGUCAACGGGAUAUUGUUGUCGAGUGUAGGUCUGGAGCCCUGAAACGAAUAAAUGAAUUAAACCCGGCAUAUUUACCACUGCAAUACCCAAUCUUAUUUCCAUACGGGGAGGAUGGUUUUCGAGAAGAUAUACAUUUUGCAACACUUGGUACAAAACAAGAUUUUGCAAGAAAGAGUGUUUCACAAAGAGAGUACUUCGCAGUCCGUAUCCACGAAAGAUCAAAUGAGAUCUCAACAAUAAUGUAUGCUAAAAGGUUAUUCCAACAAUUCUUGGUUGAUGCGUAUACUAUGGUUAAAUCUUCGAGGUUGCUCUAUAUUAGGUCAAAUCAAAAAACUUUGAGGUGUGAGGCGUACAAAGGGCUGUCUGAUGCGCUGACGCGCGGUGAAGUUCAACCCAGCUCGACAGGAAAAAGAAUAAAAUUACCAUCAAGUUUCACCGGAGGAGCAAGAUACAUGAUACAGAACUAUCAAGACGCCAUGGCAAUUUGCAGAUUCAUAGGUUAUCCAAAUCUGUUUAUUACUUUUACAUGUAAUCCUAAAUGGCCCGAGAUACAACGAUUCUUGGAGAAAAGAAACUUGAAAGCUGAAGAUCGUCCCGACAUUGUCUGCCGUGUUUUCAAACUUAAGCUAGACUGUUUAAUCAAAGAAAUAAAAAAUGGGAAACUAUUUGGUCGCGUAAAGGCAGUAAUAUACACGAUUAAAUUUCAAAAACGUGGUCUUCCGCAUGCUCACAUAUUACUGUUCCUACAAGCGACCAACGACUUUGCCAACCCGGCUUUUAUGGAUACGAUCAUUUCAGCCGAGAUUCCCGACAAGCGUUCAGACAUUGAGUAUUACCAAGCUGUCGAAGAAUUCAUGCUGCACGGCCCAUGUGGUGCUGCAAGGAGUAAAUCCCCGUGCAUGGCAAAUGGCAAGUGUUCAAAGCAUUUUCCAAAAAGAUACAUUGAUGCAUCACAUUUUGACCAAGAUGGUUACCCGUUGUAUCGAAGAAGGGAUGAUAAGAGGACAAUCAAAAAGAAUGGAAUAGAGUUGGAUAAUAGAUAUGUUGUACCACAUAAUCGGUACUUGCUUUUGAAAUAA